UAAGGGAUAGUACACAGGCCCUGAGUUCAAGCCUCAGAACUGUCACCACAAAGGUAGCCAGGGCACUUGAUGGGAGCUUCUGGUGCGUGCUGAAGCGCACCUGGAGGGUUGUGGGUCAUGUGGGUCCUGAGCCGGCGGGCAGCCGCCCCAGCAGCAAAGUCCUGGCUCAUUAGGCCCCGCCCUCCCCCUGGCCCUUCUAUCAGGCAAUUCAAAGUCUCCAGAGCGGUGAGUUACUGAUUAACCUUAGGUUUCAAGUAAAGAAAUGACUGGAGGAGAAUGUAAGGCAGGAACAAACUGGGCAGACUGAAGAGAUUGGUCCCAGACAGCUACUGUCAGAUGGCAGCGCGCACAUAAGAAGAAGGCUGGAUGGAUGUGCCCAGUUCGGAGUGGAAAGCCAUCCAAGUGCCAGCGGCCUCAGCUGCCAUUCUCUGCGGAUGUCCAGGCUCUGAGCUGUGGUGUCCCACCGACUUGGAGCCCAGGAUGUCCUGCACAGAAGUCCUGAAGCAGCCCCAGCCCAGCUCCUCAGGAGCUAUCGCCACGCCUGCCACCCGGCCUGCUGGGCAUCACUGGAGCUCCACAGAAAGUGACCUGGAGUGCCUGGUGUGCCGCGAACCCUACAACUGUGCCCGGCCACCCAAGCUGCUUAGUUGCCAGCACACCUUCUGCACCGUGUGCCUGAAGCUCCUGCUGUGUGUGCAAGAAGACACCUGGUCCAUUACCUGUCCACUGUGCCGGAAGGUCACCGCCGUCCCAGGAGGCCUCAUCUGCAGCCUGCGUGAUGAGGAGGCCGUGGUAGGGAGGCUGAUCCGGCCGGGGACAGAGGUGCGGCUCUGUCCCCAGGGACUAACGGGUUCUGCCACCUUUGCACCAAGGCACCCUAACCUGGCAGGAGAGGAUGAGCAGGACGCCGCAAGUGCCAACCGCGUGGCAGCCCGGCGCCUGGCCGUCCACCUGCUCCUGCUGGUCCUGCUCAUUUGCCUUAUCCUACCCUUCAUCUAUCCUGGCAUCAUCCGGUGGGUGCUAGCUUUCAUCAUUGCCCUAGCCCUGCUGAUGGCCGCCCUCUUCUGCUGUUACCCCCAGAGGCAGGGCAGCUGCUGGCCCUGCCCUAGGACUCCCUUCUGUGGACAGCAGAAACACAGCCAGAUCACCUCCAUUGCCUGACGGCCCUGGGUUGUAGUGGCUGUGGCAGGCAGCCCUUUGGAUUUUACAAACAGGGUUAAGGAACUAGGAACUGAGGCUGAGAUUACGUGCCAGCUGGACUUGCAAGGCCAAAAGUCAGAAUGGCCAUCUUGGGUCAAGAACUGCAUGUUUUGACACUGGACUCGCCCUCGUAUGGCACAGCUACACCAUAAGAGGUGGGAAAGAUGGAGGCAUAAACAGCCUGGAAGACACAAGGAGGGUUUUCUGUUCCUCUUUUCCAAUGUUCUGGGCUUUUCUGUCUAUAAC